AUGGGGGGGUGUGAGAGGGAGAAGGGAGACGUCGACGAAGAGAUCGAAAGGUCGAAAGGGCGCGAGAGGAAAAGUUGGAAAUCGGUCGAGGGCGUUGGGAAAGGAAAGAAGCUCCCAGAUGAGUUCAAAGGGAGGAAGGAGGGUAUCGGCGUUACGGCCAGUGGUGGGUUUUGGGUGGUGGUACAAUUCCCAGUAUGGAUGGUACUGCUGGUAUUGUUGGUACAAGUCGGUACACUCGGGACAGUAGCAGGGAAGGAUAGGGACCCGUGA